AGGGUGAGGUGGGAUGUGCAAGCAAUCCGGGUGGGAUGUGCGAGUCAUCCUGAUUCCUGAGUUUGCCCUCGGCCUCCGCCGAUCCCUAUCCAUCCCGCGAGCGAGUAGGGCUUCGUCGUUCGUCCUGCUGCUUCCGCCGCAUCCAUCCUGUGAGCCUUGGUCUAUGCUAUGGUUCAUUUCAAGAAUAGGUACAUGGUGAUGGAGGCAUUCAUCGAUACGGCAGGCAAGGACCAGUCCGACCCUCUCAUUCUCACCCAGCUCAAUAGUACCAAAGCUAUCAGAGACAGCAUCCAGAUCAACUUUGGGGAGUGUGGCCUAGCAGCUUGUCUUGGGUCGUUGCAAGUGAAGUAUGUAAAUCCGAUAACGAAGCUUUGCGUGAUCCGAGUUUCCCGUGAAGAUCACCAGAAAGUGUGGGCUGCUAUCACCAUGGUGAGGAGCAUUGGGAAAAUCCCAGUUUCAUUCAAUCUGCGGGAUGUGAGUGGAAGUAUCAGGGCUUGCAAGAAGGCUGCGUUGGAGUGUGAAGAAGCAAAGUUUGAGUAUUACAAGCUGGCUGCUGGUGAUCGUAUCACGCCCAAGUUCGUGGAGACCAUGGAGAGCUGUUUUAACAAAGAUUAAAAGGAUUAGAGAGCUAAUGGAUUCUCAUGUAUCAUAUAUGUAUUCAUCAUUUCCUGUCAGUAUAGAAGAUUCAGACCCAGGGAUAAAACUGUAGGGAAUCAGGUAGACUAAAUUUUGUUUCGUCUGAUCUGUUACUCAUCGUCAUUGAGCUUGUUUUUCUCAAAUGAUGCAUAUUGAUUCAAAGAGCUUGUUACUCAUCGUCAUUCAAAGAGAUUUUCUUCA